AUGCUGUCUACCAUUCCUCCACAGCCACCAACCCUACAUGAGCCGCUUGCUAAAGGCGAUAAUAACUGGCCCUCAGAGCCUGAAAACGAGCCCUUGACAAUUGAUCAGCUUGUUCGUCAACGUGCGUCGCUGGGUUCUUCACAGCCUAUCAUAUCUUACCCCCAGACCGGCAUCGAAUAUGUGGACUACCCUCUUCAUCAGCUGGAUGUCUUUGCCUUUCGCGCCUCCAAGGUGCUAGCAGAUCGCAUUCCCCCCCGGACAUCAUCUGCAGAGACUCCCAAAGUCGUCGCUCUCCUGGGACCGUCAGACCUCAACUACCUUGUGAUGCUGCUGUCUCUUGCAAAACUUGGUCACAGCGGACUGCUCCUGUCGACACGGAUCUCUGUGGAUGCCUACGUGUCGCUACUGGAGAGAACACAGUCAAGCCACAUUUUCAUCCACAGCUCUUUCCGCGACACCGCCUUAGAUAUCAAGAAACGGGUUCCCGGUCUAAUCAUUGACGAGAUACCAACCGAAGAAAGCUAUCAUUAUCCCAUCACGGAGGAUGUCGACACGAACCUGGUCCCGUAUCUGGAUCCCGUAGUCGAGUCCAAGCACAUCGCAUGGAUCAUUCAUUCCAGUGGCUCGACUGGGCUUCCAAAGCCUAUCUUCCACACCCAAGCUGCGGCCCUGAAGAACUACUCGGGACACAUGAAUAUGUCAGGAUUCGUCACGCUGCCCCUGUAUCACAACCAUGGAAUCAGUUGUCUGUUUCGGACAAUCCACGCCUGCAAACAGCUGCAUCUUUACAACGCUAAUCUUCCGCUCACGAGACAAUACCUGAUAGACAUCAUGAGGGCGAACGAUUUGGAGAUCUUCUACGGCGUCCCAUACGCUCUGAAGCUGCUUGCUGAGACACAGGAUGGCAUAUCUGCUCUUGCCAAGUUCAAGGCUGUGAUGUUCGGAGGCUCUGCAUGCCCAGACUCACUGGGAAACCUGCUUGUUGAGAACGGUGUCCAUCUUGUCAGCCACUACGGCUCCACCGAAACCGGCCAGUUGAUGAUGUCCAUCCGGCCCCGAGACGACAAAGGGUGGGAUUGGCUUCGUCCAUCUGACACCGUCAAGAAAUUCCUGCGAUUUGAAGAGCGCUUCCCCGGAGUAUUCGAGCUUGUGUGUCUAGACGGCUGGCCCUCCAAGGUCAUGACCAACCGACCAGAUGGCGCCUAUGCGACGAAGGACCUGUUCGUCAAACACCCCACAAUGGAGGCAUACAAGUACUAUGCCCGUCUAGACGACACAAUCGUUCUGGUGAACGGUGAGAAAGUCAACCCACUCGAUCUAGAGGGACGGGUCCGACAGAUCAGCAGUGUUGCCGAAUCCAUUGCGUUCGGAGCAGGCAAAGCCCACAUCGGGCUGGCUGUGAUCCGUGCCCCUGGCACCGAGUCUCUCUCGGACGAGGACAUCAUCGACAACAUCUGGCCCGCCGUCGAGAAGGCCCACGAGUCGCUACCUGCCUUUGGGCAGCUCUUCAAGACCAUGGUCCGGGUCUUGCCCGCAGAUACCCCUUACCCUCGCACCGACAAAGGCACCAUCAUCCGGCAAGCCUUCUACAAGACCUUCCACUCUGUGAUCGAAGAGAGUUACGCGGCCGCGGACGCCAUGACGGGCACCCUGGUCCUGUCGGAGCCCGAAUUGAGAGACUUUCUCAAGCAGCAGCUCCUCCAGAUCCUACCUCUCAAGGAUCAGAAUCUCCUGACCGACGACGCCGAUUUCUUCGCGUUGGGCAUGGACUCCCUGCAGGCCAGCCAGCUGCGCUCCAUCCUCGUCCAAACCCUCAACACUCACGGCCACCAGCUGGGACUCAACAUUGCCUUUGAGCAACCCACCAUCACCUUGCUCGCCCGCUACCUGAACGCCCUCCAGAGCGGCAGCCGCCCCGCAGACUCCGAGCCCAUCCCGGACCAAAUGCGCGCCCUCAUCGACCAAUUCAGCCACUUUGAACCGCACAUCCCCCGUCCCAACUCCCUUCCUGGUCGAUACAUCCUCCUCACCGGCGCCACGGGUUCCCUGGGUAGCCACCUCGCCCACCAACUCUCCCUGCACGCCUCCGUCCAAAAGGUCUACUGCCUAAUCCGCGCCUCCUCCCCCAUCGAAGCCUACCAACGGCUCCACGAUGCCCUCGACAGCCGCCACCUAUACACCUCCCUCCCCAGCACCUCCAAAGCAAAACUCAUCGCCCUCCCCUCCCCCACCCUCGCCCACCCCACCCUAUCCCUCCCUCAAACCACCUACACCACCCUCCUCAGCGAAACCACCGAUAUCAUCCACUGCGCCUGGCCCGUCAACUUCAACCUCCACCUGACCAGUCUCGCCCACGACACCCUCCCAACCCUCCUCAACCUCCUCACCCUAGCCCUCCAAACCCACCGCCCCACCCCCGCCACCUUCAACUUCUGCUCCUCCAUCAGCAGCGUCGUCAACUCCCCCACCACGCCCAUCCCCGAAUCCAUUCCCGACACCCUCACCGCCGCCCAAACCAUGGGCUACGCCCAACUCAAACUCGUCGCCGAACACAUCUGCGCCAACGCCGCCUCCCAGUCCCCCUCCCUCACCACCCGCAUCCUCCGCAUCGGCCAAAUCAUCGGCGACACCCACCACGGCAUCUGGAACGCCACCGAAGCCAUCCCCCUCAUGAUCCAAUCCGCCGUCACCGUCGGCGCACUCCCCACCCUCGACGAAUGGAUGCGCUGGUUACCCGUGGAUAUCGUGAGCAGUGCCGUCACAGAUAUCCUCCGCCUUUCUUCUCCGAUUUCCCCCACUGAUGAACCCCACAAUGUAGCAGAAGUGUACAACAUCGCAAACCCCACCCCCUUCCACUGGACCGCAGACCUCCUUCCUACUCUCCGCGCCGCGGGUCUACAGUUCACGGAACUCGAACCCAGCGAGUGGAUAGCCCGUGUCCGGGACGUUCCGGAUCCGAAAGCGAACCCGCCGGUGAAGUUGGUCUCGUUCUGGGAGGGGAAAUAUGCCGGUGUGAAGCCGUUUAAGGGGUUGGAGUUUGUAACGGAGAAAGCGAGAGAAAGGGCGGAGGGGUUGCAGGGUGUGCGGGGGUUGGAUGGCGAGUUGGUGGGGAAGAUGGUCCGGUGGUUUAGGGGGGUUGCGUGGGUUUGA